AAUGGAAUUUAAUUACGAUCAAAUUAAAGAGAAACUUAAAGGAUAUGAUCUUUAAACAAAGAUUUAAUUAAUUGCCUUGUCAUAGUGUUUAUAUGACAGAAAGAACUUAGAUCAUUAAUAGGAUUAAGAAUUAGACUAGAUGGAAGGUGAUUAUAAGAAAAGAGUUGAACCUUUAAUUGAAGCCUCAAAUUAAAUAAUUUCAGGUGAAAGAUUAGUCAAAGAAGAGGAAAUAGAAGAUUUAAAGGAAUAUUUAAAUGCUUAAGAAUAACCUAUAUUGGAUAAUCAAGAACCAAUAGAAAAUUAUUGGUCUAAAGUUUUAUUAAAUUCAAAGACAUUAAAAAAUGAAGUAAUUGGAGAUAGAGAUGAACCAUUAUUAAAGGCAAUAAAAAAUAUAAGAGGAUUUGAAAAUAAGGAAUAACACAAAUUAGGAUUGAUAUUCUAAUUUAAAGCAAAUGAUUAUUUCCCAGAGGAAGAAUUAAAAGUUGAAUUUUUAUUAGAUGAUAAAUAAGGAGAACCUCUUAAAGUUGAAAGUACAAAAAUAAAUUGGAAGGAAGGUAAGAACAUAUCAGUAAAGAUUGUUAAGAAGAAGAAUAAAUAAAAGAAGAAGGUAAAGGAAGUAGAAUAAAAGACAUUGUUUUAAUUAUUUAAGAAUUUAGAUGUAAAAGAUUGGGAGAAAUUGGAAGAAGAUAAGAAAGAAGAAUAAUAAUAGAAAAUGGAUAUGUGUUAUGAUAUUUGUAGAUUAAUUUAUGAUGAAAUAUUACCAUAUUCUUUGGAAUAUUAUUUAGAUGUACAUGUUGAAGAUGAUGAUUAUGAAGGAGAAGAUAUGGAUGAUGAUGAUGAAGAUGAUGAUGAAGAAUUAACAAAAGAAGAAGCAAUUAAAAGAAUGAAAGAAAGAAGAGGAUUCAAAAAGUGAUUUGU